AUGGCCGAAAUCGCCGGCCCCCGUAAACGCACCUCCGAACGCGACGCCCUCCCACCACGAACGCACAGCGGCGCCUCAGAAACCUCGCCCAUAGUAACGAGUUCGCAAUCCCACACCAAAGACUACAACUCCAUCUCUCCCGAUAUCCGCGCACGCGACCACUCCAUCUCCACCUCCACCACAACGACUAAACCGGCGAACCCAUCUCAAGACCCCAACGGCGCGUCCUCUAUACCGCAAGGGCCCUCCGCCACGGAUUCCGGCGCGCCGCAAGAAGGCACGGUAGGCACGUUACAACCCGCCGUCGAUCAGCGACGCCUAAACGGCCAUGCGAGUGUAGACCACCGCGCGAGGAGUGCAGAGCGAGAAGCAGCAGCCGUGGAACAGCGGGAGAAAGGGUGGUGGAGCGCGUUUUGGGAAAAGUACGGGAGUGUCGAGUUGGAUAAUAAGGGGAGUGUUGCUAGGGAUCAUUUGGCGCUUGAACGAACGUUCCUAGCCUGGCUCCGUACAUCCCUCUCCUUCGCGUCGAUCGGCAUAGCGAUAACGCAACUCUUCCGGUUGAACACUUCGAUAGCGAAUUCGCCGGAUUCAUCUUCUACUACCUCUCCACAAGCGAAACUACGGCAUUUGGGGAAACCGCUUGGCGCGACGUUUAUCGGUAUUGCUAUUCUCAUGCUUUUGAUAGGGUUUCAUCGGUACUUCGAGGCACAGCAUUACGUUAUACGGGGCAAGUUCCCCGCGUCGAGAGGCAGCAUCAUCAUUGUCAGCGCCAUAGCAGGCGCGUUGAUAGCCAGUUCACUCAUCAUUAUAGUGGUCACGGCGCCGGGGGCGUUUGAGACUUGA